CGUGUGGCGGCCGCCACCAUGAUGCCCGGAGAGGCGCCGCCGCCGGCCACGGCCGCGGGCAUUGCGGCGGAGGCGGCCACGGCUUGCGCCAACUGCGGAGCCCUGCAGCAGAAUUUAAAUGAGUACGUAGCUGCCUUAAUUGCAUUAAAAGAAAAAAUAAUGGAUAUGGACCGUUUGUUGACAGAUUACGAACAGAAGUGCAAUGAGCUAAAGUGCACUGAAAGAGAAAACAACGCCUUUCGUCAGCAAGUGGAACAGAUGCUCCAGAAGUUGUCACCUUUAGAAAGGUGUAAAGAAGAGCUAGGGUCAGUCAAAGCAGAGCUGGAGGAGAAGAAGAGUUCACUCAAAAUGUAUCAAGAGACACAUCUGGAAUACGUUUCUGUGAAAGAGGAAAUGGGCAAAAGUGAAGCUAUGAAGAAGAAACUGGAAGCCAAAGUGAAGAAGCUUGAAAAAGCAACAGAAAAACACAACCAGGACUUCAAACAAUUAAAAGCAGAGAAGAAAGUACUUGAAAAGGAAUUGAAGAAAGCACAGGAAAAGAUUGAAAGCUUUCCUCGUGAAAAUAAGAAGAAAGUGGUGAAGCACGUGGAGACCCAGAGUGAGAGAGAGUGGCCCAUAACAGACAUAGACAAAGAAAAAAUUAAACUGCUGUUGGAGGAACUUUGGCUUUGUAUUGACAGCUCCACGGGGAAAAGUCACAUUAACAAAAAUGACUCCUAUUUAGCUGGGUUUCACAAUAAUUCAAGAUCUCGUGCAAAAACAAAAGCGGUGCAGGACCCUCCAAAACCCAAGAGAGCUCGAGAAGAGAGGCCUUCUCAUUGUUCUUCACCAGAAACCUGUACAACACAAACUUCUUUGACGUCCUUGCAGAUAAAGGUGGACAGCAGGCCUGCGCAGCAUGUUGGCCAGAUGGCAAGUGAGGCCAUGGAGACGCCUGAGACCUGCAUCGACAGUGGCACAGCUUCUCAAGGCCAGUCUCCAGAAUUCCCCGUAUGCAUGGCGCCACCAGCAAGUCGCCUGGAUCUUUUCAGCAAAGAGCUGGAAGAAACUGGUGAAGAUCUGACAGAGAUUUUAAAGUGGGUUAGACCUCUUCCCCGUCUGCUGUCUCCCAUACAGUUUUCACCUGCUACUAUCCCAGAUAUGUUGUUUGGAGAACUAACAGAUUCCAGUGAUGAAGAAAUUGACCGCAGUGCUCAAAAGUUUGAAAACAUUUCAGAAAACCAUGAUCAGAGUGCACCAGAAGCUUAUGCGGUGUCCGGAAAGAAUCCAGUAGAACCACUGAGGAGCGACUCUUCUAGUGUAAAUAAUGAAAGCAGUGAUCCUUGUGAGUUAUCUGGAAGACCAGCAGUCUUAAAGGAUAAGAAGUCAGGGCUAUGUUCUGACUCUUCGGAAAAUUCAGGACUUCUUAAUAGGGUAGGUGUCAUAUCAAAGGAUGGAGAGAAGAAAAACUGUGGAUUUAUGGAAAAGAACCCAGAAAUAGCAUUUCAAAGUACAAAAAAUGUUGCCAAAAGUACAGCUGAUGUAACAGAAACAGAAAAAAAACCUUUGGUGUGUGACUUAAUGUUCUUUAACUGCCUUCAGAAACAAGAGAAAACAGUUGAACCAAGGCAAAUGGUUACAAGUAGCUUUGAGCAAGCAUUAAAUGAGUCUGGUGACAUAAUUAAAAAAAAGGAAGAGCUCAAAGGAACAGUAGAAGUGUCUGUGUCUUCUCUUAUAGCAGAUGAUCAGCCUCUAGUUCACAAAGGUGGCAAUCCACAGGAAACUGAAGCGCCUGUCUUCGCUACUGAAAACGCGCUGGAAGUUCCUGACAAAGAUGGCCCUAGUCGUGUGAUCAGAGCAUCAGUGGCCAACGAGGGUUCUGAGGACAUCCAGGCAGAAUCUGAUUUGGGAAGAGCAGGACCGCUUACUGAACAUAGAGCAUUUGAACAGAACAGAACAGAAGAGUUGUGUGCACGGCAUAAUGGUGAACCAGAGUUCCCGGACAGAGGAAUGAAUCUUGGCAACAUUGAACUUUAUGCUGAAACAGAUCACCAUAUUGAUCAGGUCCAGCACAAGCAGACUGAGGCUGCACUCAUGCUGGCCACUGAAAACGAUGUUUAUGGCUCUGGUGUAUCCGUCAAACUGCACUGGGAAGAAGGAAAUUGCAGCAACAAAAAAGGAUGCCACAAAGGUAGUGAGUAUGACAUAAAUGAAAAGGCUGAAUUGGACAGUGUUGAUGCCUUGAGAUCAAAGCUUAAUGUCACACAGGCAGUUGAUGGAUGGGAGAAUUCACUGUGUUGCUCUAAUGAAGUGGUCCAGACUAGGAAUGAGUGCAGCAUUGCUCCUUCUUCUCAAAAUGAAGAGGGUGAUAAGCUAAAAAUUGAAGUUGAAAAUAUUGUAAGGAAAGAUAAAACGGCUGGAAGCAUCUUAGCGGAAACUCCAUCACUGGUCAUAACAAAAAGUUGCCUUCAUCCGGAAGACCACACUGAGAAAAAAGAUUCUAGUCAGUCAUUACAAGAGGAGUCAGGUAAUAUGAAUGUUCCUGUGUUACCAACCCAAGUGUCUGUUGUCAAAGAUUGCUUGUCGCAACCUGAGGAACCUGUGCAAACUAACCAGGCAGCCCCUGAAUUGGAGUCUGUCACUAGAAAUGCAUCAGAACUGGGGUCGUUUGAAGAGCCAGAUGGUAAAUUGGAGUGUAUGCCUGAAGUACGUAACAUGCUAAAUAGCAUUCAGUCUGUUGGGGUUAUUACGGAGGAUAAAUCUUUGACAUCGGAAAGACUUGAGAAGUAUGGUAGUGAACCUUUAGCUACAGCAGUGGGAUGUGAAAAGGGAACCUCUUUGGGGGUUGUGCAGUCCUGGUUGGUAUCUGAAAACUCACCAAAUGAUGCACCAUCUCGAGAGAUGACAAAGCAAAAUGAGAGCAUCUCACCUAAGCCAAGGAGCAGCUCUGUGGAGAUGAAUGAGUGCUGUGCAACAAAUGAGACUAUAUUGGAAGUGAAUUCUGCUCAGUCAAUGCAGGCAGCAAAUGCAGAUUGCAAGGCCGUCAGCCUUGUCGCAGCUAGUUCAGAGCCUUCUGUAGCAUUGUUUUUGGACAGAAAUGGCCCAGGCUACGGUGUGGCUGCAAACGGACAAUCUUACGACCCUUCAUUUAUUGCUCCUUCAACCAGUGCUGAUCGCACUGAUCACUGUGAUGACAGAGAACACUUAAUGGUCAGAGAAGCAGAUGCUGAUCGUUCAGACGAAAGCCAGCAGAAGUCUCUGGAUUCCUGCAGUCAUAAUGAUCAAGAUGAGGGAGAAAUGAAAAGAGCUGGAAAACAGUCAGCCAGCAGUGAAACUCAAGCACUUGUUCAUGUUAAAGGAUAUUGUGAUGUAAAAAAUAGUACAGAGCUUUUUGAAGCACCCAAUCCAAACGGUGCUAGCGCAGCACACACUUCUGCAGAAAACCAAGGCAUUUUGAGCAGUGACAAGGGGCUUAUUAUUACUUCCAAUGAGAAAAUGGGGAGUCAUUCAAAAAACUGUACUUUAGAAGCAGUGUUGGAAGAAACUGAUAAAAUAUUGAGCAUUGAGGUGAGUUCCAGAGAGGCGGAUGAGGCUAAGACUCAAGAUGGUGCUAUCACAGUGUUGGAUGUUUCUGCCUCCAUUUCGUCAGAAGAAGAAUAUCCUCUCAGAAAAGUGAACCCCACAAAGAAGAACUCGGGGCUUCUGGCAUUCAGAAAGGAGCUGGAUACUGCCUGGAACAGCCAGGCAGACGUACCAUACAACAUGGUUGUGACUUCUGACAUUCGUGAGCUGAUGCAUCUUGCAGAAGAUGCAUCUCCAAAAGAUGAGCAGGCACACAGUGAUGACUCCUGUGCUGAAGAAGCGGCUGUAGAGACUGUGGAGCACUCAUAUGCAGCACCGUGUAGCAGUGGAAAAGGCUCCUCCGCGUUGAAAGCCUCUGUCUCAGAUGAGAAGGAAGCAAGUAAAAGUAUUGCACUGACAAACAGGGCGGAGGUGGAUAACAAGGAACCUGCCUCAAGAAGGUUGUCUGCUAGUGAUCCAGAGGUGAACGGUGGCAUUCUUUCACUUGAGGCAGAACCCAGUGGUACCAAUGCAGAGCCCUCAGCAGAAGGCUCAACGUGUGUCAAGCAGGAGAAGACGUCUACUGCUUUGGGGCGGAGCUCAAAAAUGGCACAAGACCAUUUAACAUCCCCCUACUUGGAUGGCAGCACUAAUGCAUCCUUUAAAAAAGAAUCCCAUGCUGAAAAGGAUGGGGAAAUUCUUGCUGCUACAACCAGUGAGAAUUCCAUACAAAUUGACUCAAGAAAUCACAGCACUGAAAAGCAGGAAGUCGUAUCUCAAAAAUCAGAAUUGCUUGUUAAAUCUCCCAAACAAAAUGGAGCUGAGCAAGUGCAUAAACCGUCAGAUUUGAUAAGCAUUUCAGCAAAGGCAGGAGCUGCAGAUGACUGUGGCAGGCUUCUCCCCAAAAUACCUAGCUUCGCAGGGAGAAGGACAAGUCAUCCGGGCUCACUGGCUGAGACAGUUGUAGCAAACACAGAUACUUCCACAUCAAUGCAACACUUUCCUAAAACCCUAAGGAAAAUUAGGCAAGAAAUGGGACCCCCCUUACCUCCUUUGCUCCCGCCUUUGAUAGCUACACCUCCAAGAACUGUUCAGGCUGUUUCACCAAUGACGUCAGCCUCUAGCCAAUUUUCUUUGCCAUCCCCACUGAAUAAACCGAUUCCUCCUUUAUGCGAAACUCCACUCCCAUCUGUGAUUUCACCACUGUCGGAGAAAGCAAGCCAAACGUGUGCUGCUCUGCAUACCAGUCCAUCUCCCUCUGAGGUGUCGAUUGGCGAGAGAACUUUGUCUUCUCCUCUUCAGUUCUGUGCCGCCACGCCUAAGCAUGCCCUUCCAGUCCCUGGCAGAUUUCCUCCUCCUCCGGCUGCUGGUGCCGCUCAAGCUGUGCCCCAGGAAAAUUCAGUGGAAAUGUUGGACAGUCUGUAUCCCAAGCUGUCCGCCCGAGCAAUCACACUCAACAUCCUCAGAGGUAAUAUUCAGCUCAGCAGGCCGUCGUCUUUAGAGGGCAGAAAUGUCCAUCAAAUCAGCGGCUAUAAGGAAAUUUCUUCUUCUUCCACUGCUUUUGUUAAAACGGGGACCACUUUAUUUUCAGACCUGUCGUCUUCCAGUGUGAGUGAGACUGGGAAAAGGAUGUUGGCAUCUCCAGCUAUGCCAAGAAGUGCCAAAAGGUUACGGCUUGAUAGUGAAUCGUUGAACUCAGACCCCAUCAAGGAAGAGCUUCCCGUUAGAGACUCAGAGAGUGGUGCCCAGGGCCCCGCUGAUGAGACUGCCUGUCUAAGCAAAGGGGAUGCUGUUCUAUCCGUGGGCGACUCCAGAUUUCUUUUACCAGCGGAAGAAAUUGAUCCUGAUAACAGAGCUGUGACUGUAGCACUGGAGAAAAUGUCUGAGUCCUGUUUUGACCUAUUCCCUGUUAUACGUAGCCGAGUUCAUGUGGGCAGUGCAUUAAGCAUCCCAGUAAUGACAGAUGAAGAGAAAGAAGUUGUUUAUGACUUUGGCAUCGCAAAGAAGUACUUAGCUGAGCCAAUCUUGCAUGCUAUUCUGAAGAAGCUGAAGCACCAGAGAACAUCCUUGGGCCCCUGCCACAUUCACUCUCUCUGCAGAGUCUAUGUUGGGAUCUGUCGGCAGCUGAGAGACCUGGAAAAAGCACGCCUCUUCUGCUACAGUCUGCUCAAGGAAGACUUUCCCCAGUCUGGCAAGUUAAUUUUGUUUAUGGGAAACAUGUGGAGUGAGGUAUUCACUUCUGAAGGUGUGCUCAACAAAGCUAUCCAGUUAGUAGCCAGAAACCGUGCAAGAGGACAAGUGCUGAAAUGCCUUAAAGCUGUUCUGAAUUGGGAAGAGCAUGAGUCAGUGGAUAUUGGCAUGAUGAUCUCCAGCUUGCUCAUGGCAAUCAAGCUGUGUGCACAAAUGGAAUUUCAGGCAAGUGAGCAACAUGGAGAAGACCUGAAGGAGAAUAUGUGGGAAUACGUGUUUGCUAUUGAUCUGCUGUGCUCCUAUCAGAAGUGGGUUUGGACCCAUGAUCACAUCAUAAGCAAGGAGCUCUGGCCUAUCAUGGACAAGUGGAUAAAGAGCAGAAAGGGCAGUGGAAAUACUUCUUCCCCUUCUGAUGUAAUCGUAGCAACGGUUCUCAGGCUGAUUGGUCGUCUCAGCCAAAUCGGACUGAAAGAAGGAUUUUCUCCUGCUGUCAAAAAUAUCAGUUCUGUUAUUGGAGCUUUUUUGCGAUAUGCCAAAGAGAAAGAUGUGCCCUGGGGUGUCCAGUUGGCAGCGGUAUAUGCGCUCUGUGAGUUGGGCCCAAGCGGUCCGUCUGAAAUAUUAGAUGCCAUUAGCGCUUGGGAAGCAGUGAAUGGAAACAGCCUUCCUCCAGCCAUCACCAGCCGCAUAACUGAAGUUAGUGGCCUGCUAGAGCAAUAGGCAGAUCAUCCGUCAUCAAGUUUUUUGCAUCUUUUUCCUCCCACCGCAGAGGACAACUUGUCAGAAAUAAACUUACUUGCUACUGCAUAAAGCAGUAAAGGAAAAAAAGCUCCCUGCCCCUCUUCUUGAAGGACAGAAGGAAGCAGAGAUGUUAUGAAAACAGUUAAGCCUCCAGCACAUUGUUCUGAAGUGAAAACAGCAAUUGAGCAUUGAUGUGUCUUCUAGCAAGAAAAAGAGAGGCAUGGUUUUAUAUACACUAUUUAAUCCAGGGGGGGAAAUAAUCCUCAACUAUGCAAAUAAGAACUGUCUUGUAAAUGGUCUUCCGUGGGUGGAUCCAGUGCAAGGAUUCUCUCUCCCCCCACCCCCCUUCCCGGCAUCCAUUUCCAACCAAGGUAAAGUUUAUUCUUUGGGUCUCAGGACCUGCGGAGUCUAAUAGGGUUGCAGAAAGUUUGUCUCAUUUUUCUCAUCCAUCAAGAGAGGAAAAGGCAAGAAGGGCAAUUUCACCCCCUUUCUCCCUCCCCACUGCAGCCUCCAAACCCACAUGGCUGCUAGAGGGCAGUGGCAUCUGAAGGUGGAGGGGGAAGAUCUACAACCAUCGCCGCUUUCCACUCAGAGAUUGCUGGAUCGAGCACUAUGAAUUUCAGGAUCCUGAAAUGAAUUGGUCUCCCUGUAGCCAUGCCAAAUGCUCUCCAAAUGGAACUGACACCGAACAUGCUGUCAAAACCUUAACUUUAUACUUCAAUGUAUCCAUCUCACCUGCUCGUUUAUCAUCCACGUUAAAGUAGGCACUGCUUUCCUCAGGGAGAUCAAGGUGGGUUGGAACAGGUACUGCUGCUUGAGGUACAUACUCAUCUCAAUCUCAUCUGUGGGAAACCAGAUUUUAAGGGGGGGGGGGUAUCAAAAAAAUUCCAUGACCAGAAAUAACAGUAGAGCAGAAACCAUUUGUACGCCAAGGGAAGUCUUAAAUUGCUUUCCCCUUCCUCAAACUAUUUUCCAUCAAAAGCCAGAAAUCAUUAAUAUGUGUCUCCAUAAUCACAAAAAGAAAACACACAACCUUGACCAAAUCACGUCCCCCUUUAUUUAGCGUUAGUCCCUUUGAUUUUUUAAUGCAGGCUUGACUUGAUUUGUCACUUUGCAUGUACAGAUUCAGAGAUUUCCUUCUCUGUGAGAAUGUGUAUCAUAGAUGGUGUAUUGCUAUAAUGUGUUUCACAUUUCAUGUUGUUCCACUUGGGGAAUUUUACUUGUACAUAGAAGCUGAUCUAAAAAUAGACCCCUGGCCUUGUUUAAACAUCAAAUCUAGUUGUACUUGUAUUUUUACUGUUUCAAUAUGUCUUGUAAAUAUUUUUAAAAGUAAAAUGGGCUUGUGCAUUAAAUUUGCAUAUUUCACAA